AUGGGAUGUUCCGCUUCAUUUCAUCAUCGUGGAACAACCAAGAACCGGUCUCCAAUAUCAGUUUCUUUAGGAUUGAAACAUCUCUCUGUUCCUUUGAGUCGCAAAACUAAAAUCACUUUGAAGGAAUCUUGGAAACUUGUUGAGCCUGUUAAAUCUGAGGCGGGAAAGGCAAUGUUUAUGAGGUAUAGGAAAGUUAUUUUACUUUUAUCCAUUAAUUUUUCUGUUAUUUAUUCAUUCAUUUAUUUAUUUAUUACCGUUUUAUGGCAGGAUUUAGAGCUGGGUAAAGGAUAUGCAACGAAGAGGGAGGGUUGAGCUAAUCUCAGUUCCCAUAGUAUAUAGCAACUAUGGGUAUCAGCUCGGAUCACAAAGAGGCGUGAACGUAAAUACAACAAGAGAGAUGUUAAAUUCUGCAUAGUUAACAGCUAUUCAAAAGGAGGUGGCUAAUAGUGAAUAUUUACCGAGGUGCGAGGCACCGACACUGAGAUGAAGACUUGUUUUAGUAUAUACAGAACAGUGAAAUGAUAUUGCAUAAAAAUUUGAUUAUAACUCAUUUAUUUCUGCAACGAUUACAAUAUCUUCGGGUGCAAAUCCCACACUUGUUGCUCAGAGGUGCAUAGCAAAGGAUAUUCGGGGUUUGGGUAGCCAAUCAGAGCUCGCCUUCAACGCUAUUCGCUGUUUUAAUAUAUACUACCAACUAUUAGGAUCAUCUGUGGAGAGGGGUUAAAUUAUGCGAGAUAACAAUUUGUCGCUCUUUAUCUUUCUGCCAUUCUUAGGCUUUUUGAGACACAUCCAAACAUUCAAGACACGUUUCCAACAUUCAAAGGCGUCAGCUUAGACGAGCUGAUGAAUUCUCGGUCCCUGUAUCUCCAUGCCAAGCGAGUUAUGGCUGCUGUUGAAAAUACUAUCAAUGCAUUAGAUGAUGGUGAGGUGUUAUUGGAGAGUCUUACAAGCCUGGGACGAAGACAUCAAGUUUGGUUUGUCAGGGAGGAACAUUUUAAGGUGUGAAAACUACACUGUUUAAGCCCUCGGACAUGUUCAUUGUCGAUGUUCUCUUUGCUCUAUAAUUUGGGUUUUGUCAACGGAGUUGAUAGAGCAGUGCCAAAAGUAACCCAUGAGUGCUUUGGUUUCGCUUCACUUCUCUCUGUGAUAGGUCCAGACAACUAGCGCCUUCUUCUCAACCAAUCAGAUUCAAAAAUUAAACCAAUACUGAUUUGGUCUCUCGCGUUCAGUCCCGCGUUUCAUACUGGCUGCCUGUCUUUACUGGAUCAGUUGUCAUCGGUUAAUGAUGAUGUCAACUUUCGCUCUGAUUUGCUGUUGUGAUUGCUAUGGCAUUGGUUUUCGAAACUCAUUUGAAAACUGUUUUAAUGUGAACUGGCCACGGUUAAGAGAUUCUAAAGCAGACGUUUCGACUCAGCGAGCUCUUUGUCAGAGUCAAUCAGGGAAUUAUAGGUCGCGUGUGGUUUAUGUACAGAAAGAUGGAACAACGCUAUUGGUGCGAAGAUACUUACAUGGAAAACACAAGAUUGAAUUAAUCGAAUUUUUGUUAAAGUUUUGAUGAAAGAUAGAUUUUUGUUCUAGAGUCUUUCGGCUUUCCGUGUUACCUAGAUGUUAGGGAAAGGCCUCAGACUGCCAUAUGUUGCUUAAAUACGUCCCCAAAAUGAAUAAAAUAUUUUCUCCCUGUUUUUCCCUUGCAGGUUGUUGGUGAAGCUCUAUUAUGGACGUUACAGGAUAUGCUCGAUACAAAAUGUACGAAUGAAGUUACACUGGCUUGGACAGAGUUGUAUAACUUCAUAACCAAAACGAUGUUACGUGGAAUUCUAAAUAAUAACGUAGAUAAAUGA